AUGGCUUCCUUCAGAGCAUUUUGGAACAGUCCAGUAGGUCCCAAAACAACUCACUUUUGGGGACCUGUUGCCAACUGGGGAUUUGUGGCAGCUGGAUUGGCUGACAUGAACAAACCUCCAGAAAUGAUCUCUGGCAACAUGACAGGAGCAAUGUGUAUAUAUUCAGCAUUAUUCAUGAGAUUUGCAUGGAUGGUACAACCACGCAAUUAUCUACUUUUGGCUUGUCAUGCCUCAAAUGAGACUGUUCAACUCUAUCAGUUCUCCCGAUGGGCAAGGGCAGAGGGGCAUCUGUCGGCUAAGAAGGAGGAAGCUUCAUCUCAGUAG